UGCUAAAUGUCUUUUAAAUCAUUAAGGAAUCUGAAUCGAGUCACUAUAUUACAAUGUGUAAGCCAAUGUGUUGAAUAUAAGCCGAUUAGGCGACAACAUCUGGUUACUGCAAGCGGAAAUGCAGAGCAUUCUCAGAAAGUAAUUGUAGAUAACAUAUUUAGUGGGAUUGAUGUUUGCAAGAAGUCGUACAAACUGAAGGAAGAGAGACUAAAGUCUCUUGGUCGUAGAACCACUCGAAAAGCAUUACAAGAUGGACAAUGGCGUUUAGAUGACCCCCAAAAGAACGCAUAUGAAUGCUUUCCUGAUGGUGGAAACAAUACGGCUCAAAGCCGCGACCUAUCAUCCCAAAUACCACUUGUGGACGAAGAAGUGCAGCCUAAAUGCAGACCAAAUAUUGAUGAUUUGGAAGUUGGGCCAAUAUCGCAAAUGAAAACAUGUACAUUACAAACGGAUACACUCGAUACCACUGAGGAUACAAAUCCGGAUGUUCAACAUUUAUCAAAAAACAACCUAGUGGAUGGUUAUAAAACAGAAGUUCAUCGUAAUAAUCAAAGCCUCGAAUUAGCUUACCAUGAUGAGCCUACUUCGGAAUUACUCUCUUCAAAAGGAACGAGAAGCCUAAGUCGCGCUGACGACGCCCAAAUGGCUAUAUCUAAAUGUGUAUCGUCAGGGAAUUUAUUAGGGGCAAUUAAGGUAUUGUCUGAAAUGAAGUCUUUGGGUCUAGUCACCACGCAUGAUACCUACAACGAAAUAUUAUCAGCUUGUCAAGACGGCGAUAAAGCGGGAAUUGCUAGGUACUUAUAUUUAUGCUUAAUUGCAGAUGGCUUAAUCCCAAACUCCAGGACCUACCAUCUUUUGAUACAGUCCCAUGUAGCAGCCGGUGACAUAUCAAGCGCCUUCACUCUGUACAGGAAAAUGGAAAAGGAAGGUAUCGAAGCCAAUUUAGACACCUUUACCGUAUUGAUUAAUGGAUUGGUUUCUAAGGGCUAUUGUGAGAAUGCAUGGAGGUUAUACAACUACAUUCGUACAUGGCGAUUAAAGGAACCAGAUGAACCUCUAUUCACCACCAUGAUCAAAGCUUGUGGAGCAUCUAAAGAAGCUGAAAAGGCAAUGUCAAUCUAUGACGAAAUGCAAAAAUCGAAAAUUACGCCUUCCAUACAUACAUAUGAAGCCCUGAUACAUUGCCUAUCACGCAGAAAAGACUUCGCUCCACAGUGCUUCAGCUUGUACAAUCGCAUCAAAUCCAAUGAAAUGGCACCGACUUACAACACUUUCUUGCAUGUGCUACAUGCAUGUGAAAUAUCGGGAAAUUCAAGGAAGGUGAAGGAUAUUGUGCGUGAUGUUGAAGCAUUGGGGAUGGCCAUGGAUGAAAGGAUGGUCCUCGCUGUGGCCAAAGCUUUAAUCAGUGAUGUGGGAAACACUGACGAUACUUCUUUAAACAAAGUUGUUCGUAUAAGACAGGUUUGGAACUUAAUACACUCUCUGAUACCCAUCAAAAGCGUACCGACUUCCAGCAUGAUGAACAGUAUCAUGGAAUUGUAUGAAAAGGCAGGAUACUACGACUACGUCAUGGAUGUAUUGAAAUACUUCAAGACCCUGGGAGUUAUCCCAGAUUCAACCACCUUCUCCAUACUGCUGAGGGUCUUUGCGGAGCGGAUGCAAGACCCCGGUAGAUUUUUUGCACUAUGGAACAGCGUCAGAGGCAGCAUAACUCCGAACAACCGUAUGUUAAAUAUGGCAUUGGGCAUGGCACUGCUCUCCAAUUCCUCCAAAAGGACGUUGGAAGUCCUUGAACAAAUGUACACGGCCAAGGUUUACCCUUCCCCUGAUCUUAUGCGCAAGCUUUACGCAAAGGGCAAAAACGUUACUCAGAUUCACUUGAUGAUAAAUAAGAUGGUGGCGCUGAACAAAGCUCAGGUGUUCGAAAAGAAGGAGAAGGAAUCGCGCAUUCUUCAAACAUUUGUUAAAGAGCACCGCCUACGUUCCACCAGGCACAACACACUGGUCACCUGACUAA